GGGAGAAGGAGAAGGCUGGACGAGACCAAGACUGUCGUGUAAAUCGAGACGUGGUCGUGGCAUAUGCUUGCUUCAGCACCCUCUGUUCGCUCGUACAUAAGCUCGCAGCUGCUCUACCAUCCGGCCAUGGACUCAACUCCGCCUGUUGUGCCCAUAUUGCUGCUUGGGGAUGACGGGGUGGGUAAGUCUACAUUCUUGUCCCGAUUGACUCUCGGCUCCAAUUCCGUCCCUGGCCAGCCUCUUCCGGUGCUUCGGGAUCUGGACCAACCAUUCCCUUUCAAUAUACGGAUGUACAAUCGCCCCUAUCAAUUUGAGUUCUACGAUACCGCAUCACCUACAUCAUACACUCUGCUUAGGCCCGCGGUAAUUGUGCUUUGCUACUCCAUCUCAGACCCGGAAAGUCUCCGCAGUCUCAAAACGACGUGGAAGUACACAGUUGAGACCCACUUCAACUUCGACGAGAAUCUACCCGUUGUUGUACUGGGGCUAAAACGGGACGUGAGGCAGAAGGAAGACUACUCCGGAAGCGUACGCGCGAAAGCGCCAGCGGCUGAUGAGAGCGACGGGGCUCCGCUGAUGCCGGGUCGAACUUUCGUGUAUCCGCAGGAAGCAUUGAACCUGGCGCAGGAGAUGAGGUGUGAUCGCUAUUGUGAAUGCAGCGCUUUGACUGGUGAGCUGUGCAACGAAGCAUUCGAAGACAUUGCCAGAACAGCCGCCAAGACGACCACGGAGAAGGGUGGCAAGAGUGAUGGUACCCAGUGCGUAGCGAUGUGA